CAUCAUAAUUAUGAUUUACUCAAAUGGUUUCUACUCAAUAUUAUAAAGUAUCUUCACUGGUUGAAAUUUAUCUUCAAUGUGUAUAUUUUAAUUACCCCAUUAUCUUCGACAGUAUUUGGUAUCAUAUUCUACACCUUUUUUUUUUUUUUUACUCCUAUAGUUAGGAAAGCAACUGGGAAGAAAGCAUUUAGGUAUAAGGUUCCUGUAAAGUAGACAAUUUAAGAAUGUUGGUUAGACCUAUUCAUUUAUUGCAAUUCCUUAUUAAACUUUUCUUGAUCUUUAAUUGGCAUUAAAUUAUGUAAGCUUAAGUUUUCAAGAAAUGUCUAUUUCUGUUAAACUUUCAUUUUCUCAUGAAGACCCUCCCCUUUUGAUAAGCUAUAAAAUGGGCACUGAAACAGACGUUAUUAUAUUCUCCUCCUGAUCAAAGAUGGAUCUGCAAAUCUCAGUUUUUCUUCUCUUCAUUCUUUUCACUGCAGGACACUCUCUCAGCUGUUAUGAGUGUAUGGGUCUGAAUGGUUCUUGUGCAGAUCAGAAGUUAAAAACAUGUCCUAGUGGAUCUCUUCAGUGCGAGAGUUCAACAGCUGUGGUACAAGUUGGUGACAUCACUUCAAAAGUGAAGGCGAAAGAUUGUGCUUCUGACUGUCAAAGUGGGUCCAUGAACUUAGGCACUGUAAAGGCGACUGGUUCCUGCUGUAACACAGACCAGUGUAACCUCCAAGAUGCUCCUGAUCCCUCUAAUGUCCCCAAUGGAAAGACAUGUUUCUCCUGUGAGAACAGGACAGGACAGACCUGCACAAGCAUAUUGAGCUGUUCAGGGACUGAAGACCGCUGCAUUAAAGCAACAGUGAAUUUUGAAGGCCAGUCAGUUUCUGUAAAAGGCUGUGCAUCUAAAUCAGUUUGUGAUGCCACAACAUCAGUUUCUGGUAUUGUGAGCUUCUCAUGUUGUGAGGGGAACAUGUGUAACGGUGUUCAGAGUGUCUCCCAGAGCUUCCUGUUCCUCUGCUGUUCUCUGCUCUCCUACUUCCUGCUGCACUGAAUCCAGCGGCUCUUCAUCCUACAAUCAGACAUGUAUCAAAUCAUCUAUCAGAGGAAAAUAUUAGAAUUAUUUUGAUUUUUUUUUUUAAUCUUUUUUUUUUUCCCAUGAGUUUGUAAAACAGUUGUGCUCUCAAUAUCAGGAUUUUCCUGUUCAGUUGAAGAUCACAAAUGCAACAAGAGAAAUAAACAGAUAUUAUGAUAACAUUUUACAAAUACUUUGUAAAUGUUUAUCAUUUUACCUCAUGCACAUCAUGCAAUUACAUUUUUUUUGUAUACAACUCAGUUUUUGUUUGGGUUUAUCUGACAAUAAAUAGCAAUUUGAUAGUUUGAGCUCUAUUAUAAUUGUUACAGCUUUUCUUUAAGCCUUUGUCUUUGAUAACAGGAGUGAGCAAGUUUUUCAUGUGUACAGAGUCUAGAAGCAAACAAUGUCUUUCUUUA